CUAUAAAGCUUUGCAUUAAAACCCAUCUUACUCCCCUUUGCAUUUCUCAUCUCCUCUCCUCUCCUCUCCUCAACCAUGGUCGCCGGCGAUUCCAAAUCCGACAUCUCUUUCGCCGGCACUUUCGCUAGCAGCGCUUUUGCAGCUUGUUUUGCUGAGAUUUGUACGAUUCCAUUAGACACCGCAAAGGUGAGGCUUCAGCUACAAAAGAAAGCAGUUGCAGGGGAUGGAAUGGGUUUACCAAAAUAUAAGGGAAUGUUGGGUACAGUUGGAACUAUUGCAAGAGAAGAAGGUCUUGCUUCUUUGUGGAAAGGCAUUGUUCCUGGAUUACAUCGCCAAUGUCUCUUUGGAGGUUUAAGAAUUGGCUUGUACGAACCUAUCAAGAACUUGUAUGUGGGUGAUAACUUUGUUGGAGAUGUUCCUUUGACGACUAAAAUACUUGCUGGGCUUACAACUGGUGCUCUUGCAAUAUCUGUAGCAAAUCCUACUGAUCUAGUGAAAGUCCGCCUUCAAGCUGAAGGAAAAUUGGCGGCUGGUGUGCCAAGGCGUUACUCUGGCGCAUUAAAUGCUUAUUCAACGAUUGUGAGACAAGAAGGGGUUAGAGCUCUAUGGACUGGACUGGGGCCAAAUGUUGCUCGUAAUGCUAUCAUAAAUGCCGCGGAACUAGCAAGCUAUGAUCAAGUGAAGCAGACGAUUCUGAAGAUCCCUGGAUUCACGGAUAAUGUCCUCACUCAUCUAUUAUCUGGCUUAGGUGCAGGAUUUGUUGCGGUUUGUGUUGGAUCCCCAGUUGACGUGGUUAAAUCAAGAAUGAUGGGUGAUCCAAGUUACAAAGGGACCAUUGAUUGUUUUGUGAAGACACUGAAGAAUGAUGGACCAUUUGCCUUCUACAAAGGCUUUAUUCCGAAUUUUGGAAGGUUAGGUUCUUGGAAUGUCAUCAUGUUUCUCACCUUGGAGCAGGCGAAGAAGUUUGUUAAAAGCAUCGAGUCGGGUUAAAUAUAAGCGUGGGAAAGUACAAAUUUACCCUUUUGUUGGCUGCAAUUGAAUAAACUCAUGAAUGCAUGAUAGAGGUAGAGGGGAUGGAAGAAAGCCUUUAUCCCUUGGUUUCUCAUAUGGAAAUUCCAUACUCCCAAAUUCAGGGGAAGAUACAUGUAAAUGUAUGUUGUAUAAAUUAUUACUCCUGUAACAUUAUUAUUCUGACUCAUUCAUAAGUUACAUGAGUUCGUUAAACAUUGUUACGAAAAUUGCAUCGAAGUGGAACCAAGUUUGGGUUGAUUUCUAUUUUGG